AUGGAUCCUCCAUCACCCUCUUCAUCCGAUGAUUCAAUCGAUCUCGACGACGCUAUUCUUAGUACCGUUGCUUUGACGGUUACUACUAUGAUUCAAGCCGCGGAAGACGAGGAGGACGAGGAAGACCAACUUUCUCCUAGAAGAAGAACGGUUCUGGAACGUCGACGUGAGGAGGCAUACGCGCGAUUGGUCUGCCUUUACUUUGCUGAGCGACCCGUAUUUGGCGCGAGGGAUUUUAGACGGCGCUAUCGUAUGAGCAAGCGGCUAUUUUUGAGAAUUACAAAUGACUUGGAAGAAAGGUAUCCAUAUUUUCAACAAAGAAUGGAUGUUCGUGGGAAGCUGGGUUUCAUGCCGAUACACAAGAGUACCUCCGCGCUUCGUCAAUUAGCAUAUGGGUGUAGCGUCGACUUGUUUGACGAGCAUUUGGAGAUGUCGGCUAGGACUUCCCGGGAGUUGCUGAUAUAUUUUUGUAAAGGUAUAAAUGAAAUGUAUGGAUCGACAUACCUACGGAGACCUACAUCUAUGGAUCUUGAACGAAUAUACGAUGUGCAUGAGCAGCUUCAUGGUUUCCCUGGUAUGAUCGGUAGUAUUGAUUACAUGCACUGGCCAUGGGAGAUGUGUCCAACCGCAUAG